AUGGACAUGCUAUCGUCCAGAUCCUACCUGGAACUGUCACAGGAACAAGAAGCAGAAAUAUCAAUAAACACCUUGUCCAGAGAAAGCCGUCUAAGACCCCGAAAGGGACCAGCCCAACCACCGGAGAUUCCCGACAAAGUGACAGACAGAGACUCGGCUGCUCCGGAUCGUCCGGUGCGGAAAAGAGGUCGGCCGAGAUUAGAGGCCAAAGAUGCCACUGCUAUUGAGGAACGCCGUCUGCAGAUCCGACGGGCACAACGCACCUAUCGUCUCAAAAAGGAGACUACCAUCCGGACUCUCAGAUCCCGCGUCAAUGUACUAGAGCAGACACUAGAGAAUGUAUCAGAUAUCCUAGACGGAGCCCACCGCGACGCAGUCGCUCCCCUCAACGACGAUUUGACUCUUCAGCCAAGCGUGGACUACCUCGCUCGCACACGAGAACUCAUUCUAGCAGAAAUAAACAAGACGCGCUUCACCACCGAAAACGACAAUGAUCUCGAACCGGAGCAGACCAACGCUCCACCUUGGGACUGGGAUACAUUCGGUUACGAAGUGUCGCACACACAUCCCCAGAAGAAGGACCCCAGAAUCACCUCUCCAUAUCCACAAUACAACCGCGCCCGCUCUCCAUCCCCACUAAUAAACCGCAUCCUCCCAACAACAACAAUCUACACAUACAGCCACCAAGAAUCGAACCUCUCCCGGCGCCUCCAGAGAUUCACCCUCGAGCACACCUACCGCUGGAUAACAGACCCGCGCAGCGAUCCCGCGCUCCUAAGCCGCGUCUUCGGACUCGUCCCCUGCAUCCACGACAUGGCAGGGAUAAGACGGAGUUUCCGACGUACGCUGCAAUCCGAGAUCGGGAGCGGGCUUGAAUUCGCCAAGAUGCCUUUCUACACGCUCGGUGGGGCGGGGAAGCAUUUCCCGCGCAGGGACGUGGAUGGGAACCCCGUGUACCCGGAGAACAGUCGCAGACCCGGGAAGAUUCUAAGACGGAUGGAGCGGAUCCUGCAGCGGGGCGGGAUCCAGGAUUGGGAUGAGGAUUGGAGUGGGGAGCAUGAGCCUGUUGCUGUUACGUUGGAGGGAGGGGUGGAUGCGAUAAAGGUGAAUAUGAGCGAGGAGGAGAGGAUUCGCUCGCUGGAUCUUGAUGGGGAGUGGUUUGAUUGUCAUGAUGUGCAGGGGUAUCUGGAGCAUCGGGGUCUUGUGCUUGAUGGGUCGGCGUUGAGGCUCGGCGUUCCUGAGAGUUUGGUUGGGGCUUUGUAUGGCUUUUCGCCGGAUCGAUCGACUGUUUCUAGUCUCUAUGCUUCGUCUGAUGGGACUACUCCUAUUGAUAAGAUGGAGUCGGAGUCCUCGACUUCGUCGUCAUAUACUCUGGAUGUGGAGUGUUUCUUUGAUCUACUCCUCGCAAACCUCAGAAUCCUCGGCCGUGCACCAGGCUUCCGAGUAUGGGAUGUAGACGCCGCAUUACGAUCAGCGAUCUCGCGUCGCCCUUUUGGCUAG